AUCGAGGAGUCUUUGCCUUUCUUCCUUCAGUUUCUCUCUUUUACUUGUUGCCCUAACCCAACCCUUACUGGUUCCUUCAGUUUCCUUCCUUUCUUCCCGCCAUAUCUUAUUUUCAAAGCCCUCGUUUCGCUGAGAAUGGAGUAUCCAGCUAUUUUACCACACUCUAAUCUGAAUGAAGAAACUCUGAUUGUCGACAAGAAGUCCGAGAGGAACAACAAAAAUGCUGAAAAGAAGAGAAAGAGGUUGACUGAAGUUCGAAUAGUUUCCUCUUAUUUCUCUUGCUCAAAAGGAGGUGAACGGGUUGAAAAAGCCAAGAGGAAAUCGAAAAAUUUGAAAGUAGAAGAUUCGGCUAGUGUAAACUAUGUUUCUUCUUCUCGAAAGGUCUCUCCAUACUUCGAUAAGGGGCCUAAAAUAGAAGAAAGCACAUUGGAAAAUAAAUCUAGUGGCAGUGAAAAACCGAUUACAGUUAAAAGAACCCUUUCGGCUUCUGAGAAGCGGGAUGAGGCAUAUGAAAGAAGAACUCCUGAUAAUACAUGGAAGCCUCCGCGGUCUGAGAUUGUUCUCCUUCAAGAGGAUCACGUUCAUGACCCUUGGAGGGUGUUGGUUAUAUGCAUGCUUCUCAACAGAACUACCGGUCGGAAGGUAAAAGAGGUUUUACUAGAACUGUUUGAGUUAUGUCCAGAUGCAAAAUCUUGUACACGAGUGUCAAAUGAUGAAAUUUCAAAGAUAAUACAGCCUCUAGGUUUUCAAAAUAAAAGGGCACUUAUGUUACGGCGGUUCUCUGAGGAAUACUUGGAGGAAAGAUGGACACAUGUAACUCAACUCCAUGGUGUUGGCAAGUAUGCAGCGGAUGCAUAUGCUAUAUUUUGUACAGGAAAAUGGGAUCGAGUGAGACCUGCAGAUCACAAGCUAAAUGAGUAUUGGGAAUGGCUCCAUGAAACUCAAGCAUAAAUUGUUAAAGACAUAGGAUGAAGGAAUGGAAUUUUAAAUUAUUCAUAUUGGUGUCUGUCUCUUUGUAUUUGUGUACUGAUGAUGGGAAAGUCCAUAUUUUCCUCUUAACUUUUUAUGCUUUUCUCUGUUUGUGUAUCUUUUUUCUUUUGUCAAAGGCUUAGAGGUAGACAAAAGAUAUCCUUGUUUUUUGGCAAGCGCAAGUACGAAGGUUCAAUUUUUUAAAAAAUUCUAUGCAAUGUUUAGAAGAAUAUUCUGCUAUGUAGCUUUGUUAAGGCAAUUCAAUUGCUUUUUAUUUUAAAAUGUACGAAGUUUUGAUUCUUUAUCCUAACACAAUAAGGGGACAUAACAUCAGUUUUAAUGAAUUUAUGAACCAAGCGAGAAUGUUUAGUUGAUGAAGGAGAGAAGCUGUGAAAGUAUCUUUAGAAGUUGGGAACCUGAGAAAAUAUCUAUUGAAGCUUUAAAAUUUUAGUGAAAAGAGAGAUAAAUACCAAGCAAAGGCCAAAUUCCAAUAGCUUUUUUCUCUUUUAUAUUAGGGCAUCUACAAUGAAAAUCAAUCUCUUCUUUUCCAUUCUGGAUAUGGAUUCAAUCCACAUAUGCCUUAUGGACCAUAUUCCUCAGUUACAUCACCUUUGCUUUCUGUAGGUGGAGACUCACAACUAUACUCCUCCCAGCAAUG